ACUACUCACGUGACCAUGCCGAUUGCGGAAGAAGAGGCGAUCUAAGCCUACUGCAAAAAUGUUACGGUAUGUUGCGUUUCAUGCGUUUUUUUUCAUGAUUUGUAAAGCUACUGUCCAGGUUGUGGAAGUAAGAUCGAAUGAUCCAACCCCGACAGAACCUGAGGCACAGAGCUGUGGUUGUCACAACCUGAAGAGAGAUGUGCUGGUGACAACUGAGAGUCAUGCAUCUGAAGACCCUGCUGUCAAAUACUUACAAACCACAAAUGAGAAGCCAACACUCAGUACUAAAAGUGGAGAGAAAUCCGUUUCUGACCGUCAGAUGGUCCUUAUUUCUGGAGGAGAGUUCCUGAUGGGUACAGACAACCCUGGCAUCCCACCUGAUGGGGAAGGACCCCAGCGCAGUGUCAACCUGGAGGCUUUCUACAUGGACAUCCAUGAAGUCACAAACCACCAGUUCAAGAGUUUUAUCAAUGCCACAGGCUAUGUCACUGAGGCAGAGACAUUUGGAGACUCGUUUGUUUUCGAUGGAGUGUUAAGUGAAGCAACCAAAAGCCAAAUCUCACAAGCUGUUGCUGCUGCCCCCUGGUGGUUGCCUGUCAAAGGGGCAGACUGGAGGCACCCUGAGGGCCCAGACUCCAGCAUCACAGACAGGACGGACCACCCUGUACUGCAUGUGUCAUGGAGGGAUGCUGGGGCAUACUGCUCCUGGGCCCAGAAGAGACUGCCCACUGAGGCAGAGUGGGAACACGCAUGCAGGGGUGGCCUGAAGGAUAGAUUGUAUCCUUGGGGAAACAAGCUGACACCUAAAGAGCAACACUAUUCAAACCUCUGGCAGGGAGACUUCCCCACACACAACUCUGGAGAGGAUGGUUACAUUAAAACCUCACCGGUGAUGUCAUUUCCUGCCAAUGGUUAUGGCCUAUACGACAUGGUGGGAAAUGCCUGGGAGUGGACAUCUGACUGGUGGUCUGUACACCACACUGCAGACAGACAGCACAACCCAAAAGGCCCACCAUCUGGCACAGACAAGGUGAAGAAGGGAGGAUCUUACAUGUGCCACAAGUCCUACUGCUACAGAUACAGGUGUGCAGCCCGGAGCCAAAACACCCCAGACAGCUCUGCUUCCAACCUGGGGUUUCGUUGUGUCUCCCAGGAGCCACCCUGACCACACAUCUUUGACCUUUCACUGACAGAAUGGUGCAAUGCUCUUGACCCCUCAAACGUCGUGGGGUUCAGGGAAGCUACUCUCAACACUGACUUGUCCCUGGGACAAGUGUAGCCAAUUCAAUGUGAAAUAAAAACAUAUUUGUACAUU